AAAGGCAAACACUUGCUGCCAAUAGGGACAGAGGUUGUCAGCUGUGCGUCUGCAGAUCAGCCACUGGAUGGGAAUAAAAAGCACGUUUCUGCCCCAGCUUAGGUUUAGUACAAACUCCUGGAGGGUGCGGAGCUGUCAUGGCUCUCUGGAUGAUUCUCCUCUGUACCUUGAUAGCAUCACUGCUCGGUGGGCUCUACCUCCUGGGUGCAUUUCGGAGACGGAGACCUGAUGAGCCCCCUCUGGACAAAGGUAUCAUCCCCUGGCUGGGUUACGCUCUGGAUUUCAGAAAGGACAGUUCAGAGUUUCUAAAAAGAAUGCAGAGGAAACAUGGGGAUAUUUUCACGGUGCUGAUUGGAGGCUAUUACUUCACCUUUGUGAUGGACCCUUUCUGCUUUGGAGCCAUCGUGAAGGAAUCACGAUCUAAACUAGACUUUACUACUUUUGCAUCUAAACUGGUCCUGCAGGUUUUUGGCUAUAAGCCCAUCGAAGCCAACGUUAGCAUAAUUCAUGCAUCAAGCACGAAGCAUCUGAUGGGAGAUGGGCUCACUAUCAUGACACAAGCCACCAUGGAGAACUUCCAGAAGCUGAUGCUUUUCAAUCUGAGCUCAGGAGAGAAGAAACGAGUAUGGCAAGAAGAUAGCCUCUUCCACUACUGCUACAACAUUGUCUUCAGAGCUGGGUACCUGGCUUUGUUUGGCACAGAGCCAUACCGAGGGGCAGAUAGCAAGGAAAAAGCUAAUGAGCAAGAUCGCAUCCACUCCAACCAGUUGUUCUAUGAAUUUCGGAAGUACGAUCGCCUCUUCCCUCGCCUGGCCUAUGCUGUGUUGCCUCCUAAGGACAAAAUAGAAGCUGAACGGCUGAAGAGGCUGUUCUGGAGCAUGCUGUCUGUGAAGAAGAGCUGGCAGAAGGACAAUAUCAGUGGAUGGAUAAGUGAUCAAGACCAGCUUCUGGCAGAACAUGGUGUCCCUGAGUACAUGAGGGAUCGUUUCAUGUUUAUGCUCCUCUGGGCAUCCCAAGGCAACACAGGCCCAACUGCCUUCUGGCUCCUCUUGUACCUAAUGAAACACCCAGAAGCUAUGAAGGCUGUGAGGGGCGAGGUAGAUGAAGUCUUAAGGGAGAAUGGCCAGGAAGCAAAGCCAGGGAGCCCACCGAUUAACAUCACUAGAGACAUGUUAAACCAGACUCCUCUUCUGGACAGUGCUCUGGAGGAAACUCUGAGGCUGGUUGCAGCCCCAAUACUCAUCAGAGCUGUCCUCCAGGACACCAGCCUUAAGACAAGCAGUGGGACAGAGUACACUCUCCGCAAAGGAGACAGAGUGGCUCUGUUCCCAUACAUCUCUGUGCAGAUGAACCCAGAAAUUCACCCCGAGCCUCAUGAAUUUAAGUAUGACCGCUUUGUAAACCCAGAUGGCACCAAAAAAGAUUUCUACAAGAAUGGGAAGAGGCUGAAAUACUUCAACAUGCCUUGGGGGGCAGGAGUAUCUAUCUGUCCCGGGAGGUUCUUUGCUGCUGCUGAAAUUAAACUGUUUGUGUUCAUGAUGCUGAGUCAUUAUGAUCUGGAGCUGGUCAACGAAGAAGAGGAGAUUCCAGUGAUAGACAUCAGCCGCUGGGGAUUUGGGACAAUGCAGCCUGUUCGCGAUAUUCGGUUCAGAUACCGACUACGCUUUUAGUUUGGGAAGUCCUUGUUGCAUUGUUUGUUCUUGUGGUAUCUGUGAAAUAAAUUGCAUGAUGCCAAGGUUAUCAGAUCCAUGUGGUGCCAACACUGAUAGGAUCUUGUUUGCUUAAUGGUUAUCAUGGCUUUUCUCUUUAUCUCCUUCACGUGUAUCGCUGCUCUGUGUCUCCAGUUAGUGUGAUGUUGGGUUAUGCUGAUGGAUACACUCGACCCCUAGCUGUACUUUGGUUCAGGUUGACUAAGAAGCAACAGGUCUUAUGCUCUGUGGUGAACCUGUGAACUGGAAAGCUCCUGUCUCAUGUACAAGAGAUUGAAAGUGGCUUGGAAAGAUGUUUCAGAAGAUGGUUUUGAAAUGCAAAGAUAAACAAAAUACAGAAUAAGAUACCAGAGCUAAAAUGAAGACACCUGUCUUAUCCGUACUGUCUAUUAGCAGGCAACUAUUUAUCUCUAUAAAUACUACCAUCAGGAUGAGCUCAAUAUGAGCUCUUCCUCCACUGCAGCUGCUCUGCACGCCAGGCAACUCUCCCCUUGAGCAGGGAUGCCUCUCAAGGUUUGAGAUUCCUUACAUGAGACUAGGAGGUUCUUGCCCAAAGGGGACAGAUCCCUUACUCACAACCAGUCCUCAGUAAGUGGCAACCUGCUGAAUUGAUACUGAUGAAACAUUACGAAUCCAGGUAGCUACUCAGUAUUAAUAAGUAUUAAUAAACUUGGUAUUGAUAAUUCCAUUAGACAUAAACCAUUGUCCAUGUCUGAUGCUAAAAUUGAACCUAGUUGCACCUGGGCUCUAUAAGGAGUUUAGAAAGCAAG